UGUAUUUUGGUUGAAAUAUUUGGUUUGUUUUUUGGUCGAACUAUUAUGGUUGAAGUAUUUAGGUUAUAUAUUUUGUGAAAUUGUUGUGGUUAAACUUUAGUUAUAUUUAUUUUAUAUAUGAAUUUGUAUUAACUUUGAUAUUAACUUUGAUAUUGACUUAUAACCAUGACCAUGACAUAAAGAACGAAGAAAUGGAUGGAGAUAUAUAUAAUGAAGAUACAAAUGAUGAAGAUAUAGAUGACGAGGAAACAAAUGAAGAAUUUUAUGAAGCCACAUACACAUAUGUGAUGACAAUUUAUGCUUUAAUAGAUAUAUUAAAUCAGUUUUUGAAUAUGAUGCGUGGUGAACAUAUUGAACGUCCAUUAACUCGACGACAAAUUACUAGUCGGGGAUAUGACUAUAUACACAAAGCAUUAAACGAUGAUCCUGCAAUCUUUCGACAAGUAUAUAGGAUGUAUCCUGAUGUAUUUCGAAAGUUGUGCACGAUUAUAAGAGAAAAAACACCUUUGGAGGAUACAAGAUUUAUUUGUGUUGAAGAAAUGCUUGCAUCAUUCCUACAGAUUGUCGGCCAGAACACUCGAUAUUGUGUAAUCCGCAAUACAUUUGGCCGAUCACAAUUUGCUACAAGUGAAAAUUUUCACAAGAUUUUGAAAGCUCUGAACUCAUUAGCACCUGAUUUAAUGGUUAGACCAGGCUCAACUGUGCCUGCAAAAAUAAGGGAAAGCACAAGGUUUUAUCCUUAUUUUAAGGAUUGCAUUGGAGCUAUUGAUGGUACACAUAUUCCCGCAUCAGUAAAAGGACGAGAUGUAAGCAGUUAUCGUGAUCGUCAUGGAAAUAUAUCACAAAAUGUAUUAGCUGCU